UUCACUUAUCUUCCAUCAAAAAUCACUCAAAAUACAUCUUUAUUUCAAGUCAAAUUUAGCAAAAAAUGUCUGGCAGAGGAAAGGGAGGCAAGGGCUUAGGAAAGGGAGGAGCAAAGCGUCACCGUAAGGUGCUUCGUGACAACAUUCAGGGAAUCACCAAGCCGGCGAUUAGGAGGCUAGCGAGGAGAGGUGGAGUGAAGAGAAUCAGUGGGCUGAUUUACGAGGAGACACGGGGAGUGUUGAAGAUCUUUUUGGAGAAUGUGAUUCGUGAUUCAGUGACUUAUACUGAGCAUGCUAGGAGAAAGACUGUUACUGCUAUGGAUGUUGUUUAUGCUCUCAAGAGACAGGGGCGGACCCUUUAUGGGUUUGGCGGUUAAUUUGGGAAUCUGAUGCACAAUUGUGUUUGUUAUGUGUGGGUUUUAGGGAGGAGUUUAGUGUAUGUGGUCUUAUUGAAAUUUAUCUUUUAGUUUGUUGAUGAUGUAGUUGGAUAUGUUUUAUGAAUCUAUGAAAUAUCUUAUUUCAAGUUA